AUGAUGGUGGUGGCAGUAACAGCUUCUACUGAAUUGGAACAAAUGCAUCGCCUUUUCAAACGCGAAGACAAGUUGCCAUACGACACUCUUCCCAACACCAACUGCCACACCCCUUCCGUUUGCAGCAAUAUCAAUCAACCUGUCAGCUGCCGUUGCGAUGACAUUGUCACCGUCUGCCACAAUCAAAACGGCCAAUUCUGCUGGGGCUCCCAGAAAUUGAACCAAACCACCAAUUGCCCUUCGAUUCCUGAUUCUUGCAGCUCUCAAUUCAACGGCACUGCCUCAUGUCUUUGCAAUGGCGACAGCGUUUUGUGCGUUGACGGCUAUAAUCAUUACUGCUACGGUACCUAUAGUGGUGACGCUGCAAGUGCCUCGGUAUCCUUGCAACCUAUCCCAGAACAAUCAGCCUCCGCCACGUCGUCCUCGGAUUCGAGCGAGUCUUCUAAUUCUGGUGAAUCGGCAGCUGUGUCCCUGACAUCCAUGAAUACCACUUUGCUUGCUGCUAUUAUGGGUUUCUUGGCUUUCUUUUCAUUGUAA